CCGCCCAUCCUUUCCCGCCACUCCACUCAGUGGCGGGAGCGCAUCGAGUUUGCUUUCGCAGAUUGGGGUAGACUCUCCUCUUCUGUGACUGAUUCUUCUGGUCCUAGGACAGACGUGGGAGAGUAAAUCCAAUCCUUGUUUCUACAUUUUGGACAGUAGCAGAACUCAGAUAUAUUCACUUUUAACUCAUCAUGAAUUUCAUAAAGACUGAAGAGUCAUUCAGUGAUACAGAAAAUGACCAGGGUUCCAGACCUGAAUUUUCAGUGGAUGCUGUCAUGAAGUGGACAAGUUCUGGCACCCCUGAUGGUCAUUCUCUACCUGAUGUAACAGAAUGUAGCAGUACCUCUGAGCUUAGAAAUGACAUCAGUAAGCGUGAAACAGCUCUUAAAAUUCCAAACUUAAAGUUCAGUACCAAGAAAGAAUGUCGUUUCACCUUUAGUUUGAAUGAAAGCUCCAGGAAAUUAGACCAUAGUGUGUUUACGGCAUAUGGUGAACCCAAUGAGAGUAUCUUCUCAGCUCUGAGAGCUAAUGACAGUUUCAGCAAAAGGAUGGAGACUCAUUCCAAUAAGAACAUUAUUGUUUAUGAAGAAAAACAUGGAUAUAUAAAUUUAGGAAUGCCUCUCAAGUGCCUGCCUAGAGAUUGUCAGCUUAAAGUAACAUUUGUUCAAAGUAAGUACGGACAGGAAGAAAACGGUCAGAUAUUACGUCAUUGUGAAAACCCAAACAUUGAAUGCAUUCUUUUUCACAUUGUUGCUGUUGGGAAGACUAUAAAGAAGAUUGUUAAGGUCAAGGAACUUCAUGUAAAAGGAAGUACACUUUGUAUCUAUGCCUUAAAGGGUGAGACUAUCAAAGAAGCUCUAUGUAAGGACGGCAGGUUUCGUUCUGACCUCGAUAAACUUCAGUGGAAACUAAUGGAAGGUCAUCAGAACAUUCAUGAAGAAGAGUCCCUGGUGGAUGAAGUAUCUGGAAAAGUCUUAGAAAUACAGAUUUAUAGACAAAAAUCUGUCAAGGUCAAAACUCCUAAAAAUCCUGAAUGUAAGAAUGAAAAUGUCACUCAUAAAAUCAGUCCCUGUGGUCUGAUACCAUCUAAGAAGGAGGUCCAGGACUCAGAGAGAGAUAGAGAGACUGAAGAUGUAGAACAUAACAGAAAUUUUCAAUCCCAAAGUCUAAGGCAUGAUAUUAAAGGGAAAAAUCGCCGGACAAAGUCCAUUAUUAGUCAUCAUUACAAAUACCGUUUUUACAAAAAAUAUAGGAAACUAAACUCACGAGUUAAGCGAAGACCCUAUCUGCAUAGGCAGCACACUAUUAAUCAGGAUAUCCAGGAGGAUGCAACUUAUCUCUGGCUAAAAAACUUCCAAAAAUUGGACAACACUAUAAUGCAACAGUAUCCAAAUUUUAAUAAAGUUCCACUUUUGUUGGGAAAGUGUUUUAGGGAAGAACAGAAGAGGAGAAAAGUGACACCAUUUGAACAAUUCAAAGUAUAUAAAAAGAACUUCGGAAAAGAGACUGCAAAUUCUAAUUCAGUUGCAACCUAUGAACGUCUUAUUCCUCUUAGUAAGUCAGUUGGGUUCAUAACGUGGGACAAUAAUGGAAACACCGGCAAUGGUACUGGCUUUCACUUGAAGGGUGGUUAUGUUUUGACCUGUCUACAUGUCGUACAUCUUAUUGUGGGAGAAGGCACACAUUCAACUUUGUGGCCAGAUAUAGUUAGUAAGUGUGCAAAGGUAACUUUCACUUACGAAAACUUUUGCCCUACUUACUCCAGUUGGUUUUUUUUUGAACCAUUGCUUGAAGUGUAUGAUGGAAAUCUAGAUUAUGUCAUUUUAAAACUAAAAGAAAAUGGAAAUGCAUUUCCUCCGGGCCUAUAUGGACAAAUUUCCCCUCAACCAUCUAGUGGUUUGAUUUAUUUAAUUGGUCACCCGGAAGGCCAGAUCAAGAAAAUAGAUGAUUGUGCAGUGAUUCCUUUAAGUCAACGGCUUGGGAAGUAUCCAGAGUAUCAAGAUGGGCUGGUAGAAACCUAUGUUGCCACUAAUAAUGCUUGCCCUAUGUUUACCAAAAGAAGUUUCCAGUCAGAGGUUUGGAGCACUAACACGCUUAGUUAUGACACUUGUUUCUCCAGUGGGUCCUCUGGCUCCCCAGUGUUUACUGCAUCUGGCAAGUUGGUUGCUAUGCAUGCCUUUGGGCAUUUUUAUAAACCCGUGCAUAAGACUUAUGCCCUUAUUGAAUAUGGUUAUUCUCUGGAGUCUAUUAUUUGUGACAUUCAACAAAAAAGUGAGAGCUUUUAUAAGUUUUUAAAUGAGGAGAAAAAUGAGAACCACAAUGAGGAAAAAAAUGAGAAGCAAGAGUCAUCACCUCAAGAUCAUCAGAAUGAACCCAUGGAAUGGAUGGAGUGCUCGUAAAGUAAAUCAACAAAUAUGGCAGAGAUGUAGGGUUAAUAUUAAAAAUGUGGUGGUAUUCUUAAAUCCAGUACUAUUAUGGGAGAUCCAUAUUGUAUCAUAACUACUUACUUAUAAGCCUAUUCAAGGGCCCAUAGUACUAUUCAAAAGAUUAGUCUCCUUUCUUAAUUCCUACCUAUUGAAUAACAAGGGAUCAGGUCCUACUCUCAGCGUUUGACUCAUUCUUUCUGUACCAGAUUAUGUGGAUUGACAUUUCCUGUUUUAGGAUUUACUGAAACUAAAACAAUAAAACAACAGAAGUUGAGGUAUAACUUUAAUAGAUAUUUUCAUUAAGCUGUGGGCCCCCCAUAAAAUCCUGGGAGCCCAAUACCCCUCCUGCUACAAUCACAAGCAUUAAAGAUGCUGAAUUACCUGAUGCUGCUGAUGCCACUGAAUCUCCAAAGAAGAUUAUUCAUAGGUGCUCCUAAUUGGGUGAAUCAGAUGCUCAACUUAUUUUCAAAAAAUAGUCACUAUGCAAAUGAAGACCAGUGCCAAUACUGAAUGCCUUGGUCAUAUGCUACUGCUUGAGCUUGUCUGCUGUAUGACCUCUGCCUCCAUCCCUCUGAACCAAAAAUGGGUCUCACCAGAUGGGCCAGACAAAAAGUGGUUCCAAGUUGCUAUAAUAAAAUUCAUUCUUCACCUAAAUUUUAGUUAUAACUUAUCAUUAGGAUGUGUAGAAAUCAGGCAUAUAGGCCCUGGGAUUUUGCUACACCAAGCACAUCAGAAUGUGGGAUCUAUAGCUUCAAUGUCCACCUCUGUGCUUGCAUUUCUGAAACCUUCUAUGUGCUACCACUGCAUCUUGUUCAUUCCUGUAUUAUAGCACAUGGGUUAUAACUCUCUACUUGUCUUUCUCACCUACUAGAUUGUAAGUUCCUAAAUGGUGAGACUGUUAAUUCAUUUUUGUAUCCCAGUGCCUAACACUAUCCUUGGCAUACACAUAAAAGUUCCUCCAAAAAGAUGAACUAAAACAUUUUUUUAAAUACACAUUUUUCUCUCAGGCACACAGGUCAUUCUCCAGGAUAGAUGAUAUACUGGGUCACAAAACAACUCUCAAUAAGUUUAAAAAGAUUAUGAUUAUGCAAAUUAUCUUCUCCAACCACAAAGGAAUAAUACUAGAAAUUAGUAAAGAAGGAAAAGAGACAAAUAUGUGGAAAUUAACCCAGGGGUCAAGGAAGAAAUCAGAAAUUAGAAAAAAAAAAAACCUGGAGUUGAAUGAGAAUGAAAACACAACAUACCAAAAUGAAGGCAGUCCUCAUGGAAAUUCAUAGCAGUAAAUAACCUAUAUUUAAAAAAAAAAAAAAAA